UCAUCAAUCGUCAAAAUGUAGAGGUACCAUCCAGGUGUACGUGUUGAAGGAUCUUUCCGGAAUUGGGCGCGGAGAGAAGGAUGGCUCCCCACAAAAGAAACCCGCAGUGUUCGACCAUUGAUGGAAGAGUUACGAGAACUAGUGUCGAAACUGAUGUAGAUGAUGGCUAUUGGAGAUUCUUGGAAGAAAUAGAUGCUCCUAUGUGGGUAGAUUUGGAAGCCGAAGCUCAGCUCAUGGUACAAGAUAGUGACGAUGCCUGGUUUUACACUGUCCAUCCGUUUCACCAGUGUUCGUCGCAUCAUUUCAUAUCUUCCGUUCAUCUGUUGGAUAAAGAUAACCAAGAAAGGCCCAAUAUGUCAUCUCCCUAUCUCCCUGGUUCGGUUUCUGGUUCGAGAGGUAAGCAUUACAAGAAGCAAUCAUGGGCAGAGGCCACAGGCAUCACCUCCCGAUUUCAAAAGUCUCCCGCAGAGAGCGACCUGUUUCAACAUCCCAUAAAGCUGUUAGGCGGUAAAAAAUCAAUAUCAUCCAUCUCAAGUAAUGACCACAGCACUUCAAAGGGAGAUUUCACAACGAAGACACCAGGCAAAGCAUCAAAAAUUAGCUCUGGAGGCACGAAGAUCACAAUAAGUUCGUGCAGAGACAUUGCAGAUAAAAGCUGUCCGAGGCCAGCAAUCUCGAGAGCGUCACGACCUUUUUCCUCUGGCAGUGGACUCCUAUCUGCUGUCAAAAUCUGCCUUAGAAAAAGUUAUGUUACAGGACAUGCAUCUAGAGUAGAGAUUAAGGAUGUAAGACAGUUGAGGGAUCAAAAAACAUCAUCUAGUAGUAAGUCGAGUAUCGGAUCUUCUACAAUUACAGGAGGUACUUCUGGAAGUGGUGGUUUGGGAACGUCAAGAAAAGAGAGAACACCACAGAGUAGGAUGGCGUCCACAAGGACCACAACUGUUUGUUCAGAUAAUGGCUUGAAAAGAUCUUCAAAAUAUACAGCCAUGGCUAGAGCCCAAGUUCCAGAGCGGAAGCUCAAUUCAAAAGUUAAGACCUGUGCUACAGGGAGUCUUAAGGUCCUUCAGACAACUACAUCUAGAAAGCCUUUACGGCCACUUAAAUCAACAGCUGCUCCGAAACUUAAAGCUGCAACCAAACCUACACAAAGUAUGAGUACGCUCAAAAUUCAAAAGACAACAUCAACCAAGAUUGUGAAAGAAAAUCCUACCAAAUUUUCUGUACAAAGUAGGAAGGGCGCAGCAUGCAGUGCAAAGUUGAAGGAUGGAAAAGGAGCACCUCUCGUGAAGGGAAAACUCAAGACCCAAACGUUUGAAUGGAAGAACCAGAAGGCUGUCAGUCGAACAUUUCAUCUGCGGUAAUUCAUGUCCAUGGGAGAAGCAUCCCAAUUACCCUGACCAUAGAAGGAGGAUCUCUUCCAGCCUUUGGAAGAAAGCACAAAUGACUCAUAUGUGGGCUAAUUCAUGUUUAACCUGUAAAUAGUUGCACACCAAAGGAUUUUCUUGUACCCAUGUAAAGGAUUUUCUGAAUUUGGGCUUUGAUUUUACAGAGCAGCUUGUUUGUGAA